AUCAAUUCAACAAGUUCCAUAAGCAAGCUACCUGGUAAACCAAUAACCAGCAAUGAACAAACUCCAGAAACUUGCCCCGGUAGCUAUGCUUUUGCUGAUUAUACUCAGCACGUUCAGCCACUCAGUAUCAGCUGUUUCACAUGCAGAUUGCUGCCUCAAUUAUUCAAAGCAUCGAUUGCCACGGAAAUUAAUCUCUGGUUACUUGGAGCAAAAUUCCAAUGAAAUAUGUGAAAUAGAUGCAAUUAUACUCUAUACCAUCAGAGGAAGAGCAGUGUGUGUAGAUCCAGAUGAGCCCUGGGUGAAGAGAAUACUGUAUUUUUUGAGCAAAAAACUGAAAACCCUGUUGAAUCAUUGAGCUGCAUGUUGAGAAAAGAAGUUAUCUGCUACAGAUGGAUUUUUCUGACAAAACCUCCUGCAUAGCAUCUAUGCC